UGAGGUCCCAUCCCCUUGCCGGUUGCUGAGGGACGAGCGGAGCGGUGGUGCGAGCCCCGCUGCUGGCGGGGAAUGGGGGCUCUCGGUGCUUCCCACCCGGCGCUGAGAUGCGGGUCCCGCUGAGAGGGCGGCGGCUGUUGCUUGUGGGGCGGUCACGGAUGUCGCUUGGGCGAUGCUGGGCUGGUGUGGGCUGAACUACGGACGGAGAGACCGGUAAUCGUACCUUUGCCCCUGGCUGCGCUCUCCGGCCUUUCGCCUGCUGUAGAGCCUGUCGGCCUUGACUCGCUUUUGCGAUGGGGCCGCAGGGUCGGGGCCGCCUGGCAGGCGGUGCUGAAGCGGAGGUGCCUGCUCCACCUUUCCCGCUUACUGCCCUCCCCAGCAGUCCGCAGAGGCGCUGUCAGGACAUGGCGGGCUCGCCUGUGACUGUCACAGUUCAUACUUGUGCGUAGCAUUUGUAACUUACGUGGCGUGAAUGGCCUGGUUGUGGCUUUAGUCCUCAUUGUGUGCUAAGCCGAAUGCAUCUUUUGAAAUUUCUUCUUCAGCGAAAUGCUGCCAACUACUUCAGUUAGUUCCCGGAGCCAGGGCAAUGGUGUUCUGAGCCCCAGGGAUGCUGCAAGGCAUACAGCCGGAGCCAAGCGCUACAAGUACCUGCGGAGGCUCUUCCACUUCCGACAGAUGGACUUCGAGUUUGCUCUUUGGCAGAUGCUUUACCUGUUUACUUCACCACAGAGGGUUUAUAGGAACUUUCACUACAGAAAACAGACAAAGGACCAAUGGGCAAGAGAUGAUCCUGCUUUCUUAGUGCUUCUCAGUAUCUGGCUCUGCGUGUCUACUGUAGGAUUUGGAUUUGUGCUGGACAUGGGCUUUUUUGAAACAAUAAAGCUGCUACUUUGGGUUGUAUUCAUCGAUUGUGUAGGUGUUGGCCUCCUGAUUGCAACUCUGAUGUGGUUCAUUUCUAAUAAGUAUUUGGUGAAGCAGCAAAACAGAGACUAUGAUGUGGAGUGGGGAUAUGCCUUUGAUGUUCAUCUGAAUGCUUUCUAUCCACUUCUAGUCAUUUUGCAUUUUAUCCAGUUGUUUUUCAUCAACUAUAUCAUCAUAUCUGAUUCUGUCAUUGGCUAUUUUGUUGGGAAUACAUUAUGGCUGACUGCAAUUGGCUACUACAUCUAUGUGACAUUCCUAGGAUACAGUGCAUUGCCCUUUUUGAAGAACACAGCUAUUCUUUUGUAUCCGUUCGCCCUUCUCAUCAUGCUCUACUUGAUCUCCUUGGCAUGUGGAUGGAACUUCACCAAAAUGCUUUGUUCCUUCUAUAAGUACAGAGUGAAAUAAAACCAGGACUUUACGUAUCUAAUGUUUAUUUUGAUUUUAUCUGAGCUGUCUUGACAGUAAAGAAAAGAGCAUUUUGUAAAUUGUUGUAAAUUUCUCUUUAUUGUAGAUAAUUGUGUAAAAAAGUUUGAAGUGUCCUUUUUUUAUUAAAAUAUUUACAACAGUAAA